AUGGGUGUCCCAUUCGAGGCUCUUCUGCCCUAUGCUAUCAUGACUGGCUUCUUCGCCUUCAGCGCAGUGUCGGUCGGAAAGCUCAAGGAGAUUCAGAACGGAGGAAAGCGGACGCGACGGGGUAUCGAUGCAUGGGACAGGGUGAUGAUGGAACGCGACCGCCGACUAACAGGCUUCAUGCGUGGCCAGACCGACAAACCCGUCGCCCCCGCCGGCUUCGAACUCAACAACCCGUGGAGGUGCGAGCAACGAUUCUUCUAG